AUUUUUCGAGUCAGUACUUGUCAAAACCCAGCAAAACCCUUUUUCCCUAGAAACCCAGAAAUAGAAAGGCAGAAGUGAACAGAUCACAACUCAACUCACCCCUUGUCAUCUUGAAUCACCUCAAUUCAUGGAGGAAACAGCUGCUACAUCUUCUUUUAAGAUAAUAUUGGGGUCUUCUUCAGUUGCCCGUAGAAAAAUACUGGCUGACAUGGGAUAUGAAUUUACUGUCAUGUCUGCAGACAUAGAUGAAAAAGGCAUUCGGAUGGAAAAUCCUGAAGAACUGGUAAUGGCUCUUGCGGAGGCAAAGGCUAGUGCUGUUGUAUCAAAGCUUCGGACUAUUGAUAACCAAGCAAAGGAUGAUAAACAAACUCUUGUGAUUGCAUCUGAUACAGAAGAAGCCAUCACACCAGAGCUUGCUAUUGGUGAUCACAAGAAGAAUGCUGAGCCGACACUUUUACUUACCUGUGACCAAGUGGUCGUCUAUGAAGGUAUAAUCAGGGAGAAGCCAUCCAACAAGGAAGAAGCACGUCAAUUUAUCAAAGGUUACUCUGGCGCACGUGCAGCAACAGUAAGUUCUGUUCUUGUAACGAACUUAAGUACUGGAUUUAAGAAGGGAGACUGGGACAGAGUGGAGAUUUAUUUCCAUGACAUACCGGAUCACAUUAUUGAUAACCUGAUCGAAGAGGGAACGGUGCUUUAUGUUGCUGGAGGCCUAAUAAUCGAACAUCCCUUGGUUUUACCCUACAUUAAAAAUGUGGUUGGUACUACUGACAGUGUGAUGGGACUUCCUAAGGCUCUUACAGAGAGACUGAUUAGAGAGGCCCUAUGAUUGACUAGUCAACAACAUACUCGUCAGCUCUGUAUCUAAAUUAUUUCUCAGUACUAUCAAAUGUAAAAACUUUAUCUUUAUCUUGUACGUUUGUGCUCAUUCGAAAAAUUGCAGCUUUUUUACUAAACAAAUUAUGCUGUUCAAACCUUUGUGGCUCACAAAAUGUCUAGCAAAGUAUGUCAUUUAAACCCUGAUUUUUUUUUAUUUUUUUAAUUUAUGUUUUUGACAAUUUAAUCUUA